UGGGCGUGUGUGUAGUAAUUGAUAUUCGUCGGAUAGUUCAUGACUAAUUUUGCCUUUUCCUAGACAUUUAGAGUGGACACCCUGAUUAUCCUUAAUGUUUUGGAGGUAGAGUUUAAAAUCAACUGGAGAAAUUUGAUAUAUUGUGGUGACGUGCAACCGUAGUAUUUUCACCUAAAAAUUCGUCUAUCAUUUAUAAAAAAUAUUGUAGUAGCAAGUACCACAGUGUAUAUCUACGUUAAUUGUUAACAAAAUUUUUGCAAUUCUGAACCCCUAGCUUUAGCCCUUAGCUUCGGGAGGCACGUUAGAACGUUGGUCCCGGCUGCACUGCAGUCGUUGAAACCCAACAAUCCGCACUGGGCCCGCGUGAUGGCAUUGCAUUGCCUAUUUUGUCUAUUCGGUUCCAAAUAAUAGGAGAGGCCUGUGCUCCAGGUGGCACAGUAAUAGGCUAGUGAUGAUGAUGAUGAAUAAUUAUUAAGACGUUCGCCAAGAAAUAAUUUUGAAAUAUUCAAUCGAUAAGAAAGUCAAAUGAUAUAAUGUACAGAACGAAGUCGCGGAGCGAAAUUGUUUUUAAAGUAGUAACGCUGGUUUUACAAUUUUAAAGACAAUGUACAAUAUCUAUGAACAUUAAUUUUGUUAACUUAUUAAUCUGAACAUAAUAUUUUAACAUUUUUAUGUUAAUCCCUCUUAUCAUAAAAUAUCAACAUUCGUUACUUCAAAUUCGAUUAAGUACCUACCUAAUGAGGAUGAAAUUAUAAUUUACUGUUUUUUAUCAUAUUUAUCGGAUAUAAAAUUACUAUCUCGUGCGAGUCGAUUCUUAAAAAUAAUCAGUUCUUAGUUAGAUUUUUAUAAGGUAAGUUGUGAUUAACGAGAGUGUAAUAUUAGGUGUGAUUUAUACUGUGUGUUUAUGUUAUAUCAGUGAUUAAUUUAUCAGGAUAAGUGAUGGAAUUUACUAUCAACACAGAUAAAACCCAUCUCAAUACGUAGGCCUUAAAAAAUGAAAGUCAGACCAGUUAUAAGAAGUCGACGUUACUUAGCAGACAUUUGCGAAUUGUGUCAAGUUUAGCAUAGUGCGUAACGAAGGAGAGUUCAAAAAAUAAUUGUUUCAGUGCUUACAGAUGGCGGUGCGUAUGGUAUCGCUUAUAGGAAUUGCACUCCUCACAUUAUCACUAACAAUUGCUGAAGAAGAUCUGCCAUGCCGCACACGUGAUCUUGAAAUAGAAGGUAGAUCUAUUGUUUGUGUUUGCGAUGCCAACUACUGUGACACUAUUACGCGAGAAGAACCAAGCAGCGGCAACUACGUAGUCUACACAAGUAGCGACUCGGGCAAAAGAUUUGAGAAAAGUUUUGGAGAAAUUCAGAACGUUGUCAAUUAUGCAGAAAGUUUAGACAUUGACAGAGAACAAACUCCAAAAGAAAUGCUUGAAGAGUCUGAUUUUGAUGAAGGAACUAACUCGACGAUUUGGAACUCUGUAAGAUUGAGACUAUUCACCAACACCCGUUACCAAACGAUUGAAGGAUUCGGCGGGUCGGUUACUGAUGCCGCGGGUAUUAACUGGCGCAAACUUUCGGAUGCUACACAAACGCAAUUAAUAAACACUUACUUUGGUCCAAAGGGCUUGGAAUAUAACUUUAUCCGAGUACCCAUUGCCGGGGCCGACUUUUCAACACACCCUUACACUUAUAAUGAGAUGCCAUGGAAUGACGGGGCUCUUUCUAACUUUUCACUCAGUGAAGAAGAUCUUUUCUUAAAACUGCCCAUGAUUAAAAGGAGUCUACACGCAGCCAAACACGAAGUGAAAAUAAUAGCGAGUACCUGGUCGCCGCCAAUAUGGAUGAAAACCAAUGAGAGAAUCACCGGUUUCGGUCAAGUAAAGAGAGAAUUCUACCAAGCAUAUGCUGACUACCAUUUACGAUUCCUUGAAGAAUAUGCAAAAGUAAAUGUAAAAAUAUGGGCAAUAACAACGACAAAUGAGCCUAUCAACGGAAUUGUGCCUAUUGCGCCUUUCAACUCCCUGGGGUGGAUGCCCUCACAAUUGGCACGGUGGAUCGUAGACAAUCUUGGACCUACAAUAAGAAAUUCCCCAUUCAACGACACUCUGAUUUUAGCUGUGGACGAUCAACGCUACUUAUUACACUUUUAUGUCAUCGGUAUGGAGAGAGAAGAUCCCAAAGCAUUUGAUUACAUAGACGGAAUAGCGAUACAUUAUUACGGCAAUUUUGCGCCUGCGCAACUUCUGACCGAUAUUCAAAAUCGCCAUCCAAAAAAAAUUCUACUUUCGACAGAAGCUUGUGAAGGAGCAAUGCCAUGGGAUGCAAUGAGAGUUGAAAUCGGAGCAUGGCGUCGAGCUCGUAAUUACAUUACCAGCAUAUUACAAGAUCUAAACAAUUUUGUGGUCGGGUGGAUAGACUGGAACCUCUGUCUAAGUGAGACAGGUGGACCUAAUUGGGCUAACAACUUCGUCGAUGCACCAAUUCUAGUAUUCCCUGAAAAGGACGAGUUUAUAAAGAACCCUAUGUUCUAUGCAAUGGGUCACUUCUCCAAAUUUGUACCUAGAGGGUCUAUUCGUAUUUUAGCGUCCAGAAGAAGUAUAAUGACUAUAGAAAAUAUUGCCUUUUUAACGCCAGCGGGUAACAUCGUCGUAAUACUUCAUAAUAGGAACAACAGAGAUAUGAAUAUUCGCUUAGAUAUUGGUACCACUAGAUUCAUUCAACUGGUGUUGGAAGCUCACUCAAUCAAGACUAUAGAAAUAAAUCAAAAUUAAAAUAUUUAUUUAAUACUCACAGUGAUUCUCCUUU